GCAGCAAGACUGAGGCUCUUUUGUCCUGCAGUGCAUGUUGAGGAAGUAAGGGCUCCAACAGUCAAAUGGACCUUCUCCCCUUGUGGUUUUCCCACCAACUUUAAAUUCUCAUUUCCUUUUCUUCUCCCACUGCCAUUGCUACUUUUCUCCUGUUCAGCCUAGCUGCACAUACUACUUUUAGAUGCUCACAAGGAUAGCAUUCCAAUUCUCAGCUAUGGAUCUUCAAGCUCCUCCACCCCUCUUUCCAUCUCAAAUGGAAUUUGAUGGGAACCCAUUUUUGGAUUCUUACCCUAACCCUCUCUGCAAGCUUAAUAUCAAGGAAACUUCUGAUUUAGUGACGUCAUUCCCAACUGCAAAUGUUAAUAAUGGUCCAGAGAACAGAAGGCUUCUCCAGAUUUCGGCCGGAAGAACGAAGAGGAAUGUGGCGGAUGGCCCUUCAACCCCGGGAAGGCCCAUUUUCAGCUUCAGUGUUGGGAAUUUUUCCAGAAAAUCUGUCCCUUCAAAGUGGGAUGAUGCUGAGAAAUGGGUUGUCAAUGGCGGCAGUCAUGAAUCCCCUGUUGCUCAACAUAAUCCGUUUUUGAAAUUCUCAACACAACAAAAGUGUAGUAGUAGUGGGUUCUGCCCCAAACAAGCCUUUCCUGAAAUUUGUAGGGUAGGUGAUGAAAAGGUUGCAGGACCUUCCAAGGGAGUCUCUUCUGCCACAUCAGGUGUACUUCUUAAAGAUAAGUGCACAAGUGAGGUUGAAACCAUAAGAUCUCCAGAUUUUAGGUCCAUGAAAGAAGGGUUCCUAUUUGGAAACAUGAGUGAACAAUGCACAAAAGAAGGAUUAUUCCCAUUUGGGGAUGGUAAUUGUACGAGUCGGAUCAAAUUCAUGAAGAACAACACAACACAACCAGAUACGGUUCUUGAGGCUAUUAACCACAGAGACAUUGGGACAGAAAUGACACCUAUGGGAAGCUCCACCACCUCAAGAUGCCCCACACCGUUCAAGAGCUUAUCACCCGUUCGGUACAACACUCCUGCCAGUAGAUCCGGACCAUUGGCUCUACCCAAUGACUCCAGUUCCUCCAGCACAACACUAGAUAUCGUACAACUCCAAGAGUACCAUUUAGCAAAGCUACAUGUUGGGAAUGUUCAGCAUGCUUCCGUUACAUCAAAUUAUUGGAGCUCGAGAGAAGAGGAAGAAGACGAUGUAUCUAAGAGUUUGAGACACUUUGAAAUGAAUACUAAUAACGAGUGUGGCAUUGGGUCGAAAGUGGACCCAUGGGAGGAGGAGAUGAAGACUAAGAACUGUCUAAGCAGGUACAAGAGAGAACUGGCCAAAAUUCAAGCUUGGGUGAACCUCCAAAGUGCUAGAAGUGAAGCUCAAUCUAAAAAACUUGAGGUGAAAAUUCAAAAGAUGAGAUCAAAGAUGGAAGAGAAGUUGAUGAAGAGAAUGUCUACCGUUCACCGAAAAGCCGAAGAAUGGAGGGCUGCUGCUCAUGUGCAACAUGAAGAACAGAUGAAGAAAGUGAGUGAAGAAACACACCAGAUGGUCAACAUGAAAAACAUUAAUAAUGUUUAUCGUAUCAAUUCAUCUUGUACUUGUAUUUCCUUCCCCUGUAAUAAGCAUCUCAUUUAGAAGUUUGCACUUAUAUCCAGUGACAUAGAACACCCCUUUUGAGGUGACAGAAAAAUAAUACGGAGU